AUGGCCCAAAUACGAGGAAGGAAUUUAUCCGAGCUCAAUGAGAAUGGAUGCUUCAGGGAAAAAAACUCAGAUACAAAUGUAAGUUCCUCCAAUUCUGAAUCUGAUCAUGUGUUAUCCGGGUCUGAUAAAAUGGAUUUAGGUGAAAAUGAAGAAAAGGACUCUUUGGAUUCAGAUCCAAUUAUUGAACAGAAAUAUGAAGAGAAAAAUGACUUCUGUAAUAUUUUCUCGCCCACCUUCUGGGAAGAUGCAAUGAUAUCUACUAGCGACGUGACAGAGGAGGAACUAGACCAACUGAUCAGUAAUAUACAAGAAGUCCCUUCGAAGAAUGAAAUUAUCAAAAUUUGGAAGUGCGCAUAUGCUUUAGAGGUACAAACCAUGUCCAAGAUGCUCAUUUCUCUAUUUGAAUAUUACGAAGAGUUAAAACAAAAGCCUCGGGUAAGAGAAAAACUUGCUUUCACUCAUUGGGAUAGUGUCAUGUGCAGUUGUUUUGACGUACUAGCAGAGAGGGAGCAAGAAUACAGUAAACUUUUCAACGACUUCAUCAUGAAAGAUGAGUUGACCAAACAUGAAUUUAUGAAUUUCUUGAACAAUUGCAAGAAGGAGGCUGCUGAAUUUAGGGAAUCUUUAGAGAACUUUGCGAAGAAACAAUUCCAUGGAAGAAUUAUUCCAGAAAAAGAAGACAGCUAA